AACUAGCCCUAAUCCCUCCUCUUCUUCCAGGAUAGAGUCCUUCCGGGAGAAUGCGAGUGCUCUUCCAUCGCCAUGGAGACGGCGGAGAGCCGGCUGUCCCUCUCUGCGACCCUGCAGGCCUUAAACGGCGCCCUCAGAGGAAAAACCGGAGAAGGAACUCCCCUUCGAGGCUCGGUCUGGUUCAAAGAAAGCAGCGCACAGAACUUACGUAGCCGGGACUUCCUGGCGCCCCAGGCGGCCCUGAGGGGGAUGUUCGCCAACGGGAAGGUUCCCCAUGGCAUUGCAGAGAGUGUGCUUUCUAUCAAAAGCCCAGGAGUGCCCCCCAUUCAGAGCUGCCAGGAGGGCUCAGCCGGACUGACUGUGCAACUGGAGAGGCCUGCUGCCUUUGAAAAGAUCCUGACUGCCAUCCCUACAUAUACAAAGCCUCAACAGAGAGGCGGUGGGCACAGCAUCCUCCUCAACUGUGUGCCCCUCCACGGGCGCAAAGGCCUGGCCUCUCUCAGCCUGAGCCACCUCAGGGCCAUCCUGGUUGCGGACCACCUGGCCGGCUUGCUCCACGCUCAAGGGGUAGAUGUUCAUUUAGUCCCAGCUUUGCAGGAUGAGGAAAGCCAUCAUUUUCUGAGACAAUUGCGAGUUGAAUGGCCUUCGGUGUUAGAAACUUCCCCAAACCUUGAGGACAUUCUAGCCAUGAAGGAAGCCCUCCGUCGCUGUCCCUAUGCUACAUUUGCUCCUACGGACCAGGAUGGCGUUGUGUGUAAACUGCACUUGAAAGGGAUCCUGAAGGAACAAGAGCAUCUAGAGGGUUAUGACUCUAACCUUGAUGUCUUUCUUGUGACUGAGGAAAAACUCUGCCAUGUAGCUGAGCUGCACCGCGUGGUCUUGCGAUGCACGGCAGAUGCACCAGGAAGGAGCUGCAGCGUUGUGCAUGUGGUGAGCCAUGAGGAAGCCUUCCAGCAGCAGAAGGUGGACUUGCUGUGGAGGCUGGUUGCUCUACAAACACUCCCAGGUCCCCAGAAGCACCUUGUCUGUGGGCCUGUGAAAACCAUCCGCUCUGCCUCUCCUUUGAGCAGUCUUCAUUAUUUCCAGCUGCGGCACUCCCAAAUGUACGAGGCUUCAGUGCUGAAGUAUGGAGAUCUUUCUCAGGAUGAUACCUGGACUGAAAUAGUCAAUGUCCUAACAGCAGCUGCCAUCCGGUUUGAGAUGCUCAGCAUAAACCAUCAAAGUCAGGUUCUUCUGGAUGUUGAAGAGGCCAGCAUCUCCACCAAGGGGACCAAAAGCGGAGCCUUUGUGAUGUACAAUUGUGCUCGGCUGGCCACGCUGUUUGAAACGUACAAGCGGGCAGAAGAGCAAGGCCUUUAUCCAGCCUUUCCCCCUCCUUCUGAGCUGAACUACAUCUCUCUCAGGGAAGAGGGUGAAUGGCUGCUGUUAUUCAAUGGUGUUUUACCCUUCCAGGAGACCCUGGAUCGUGUCAUACAACUUUCCCUUUCUGAUGGUGGUCUCAGGAUCACAGCCAACACUGAAGCGGUUUGCAAGUUCUUGAUCCAGUUAAGCAUGGAUUUCAGUUCCUACUACAACCGAGUGCAUAUCUUGGGGGAGCCUCGCCCUCACCUUUUCAGCCAGAUGUUUGCCAGGUUACAGCUGAUGAGGGCAGUGAGAGAAGUGUUCCACAGUGCCCUGGCCACCCUCCACCUGCCUCCCCUUUGCCAGAUCUGAAACAGAGGGUUGCUGUGAGUUUUUCGGGCGGUACGGCCAUGGUCCAGCAGCAAUCUCUCCUAAUGCUUCACCUGCAUCUGUGACUGGCAUCUUCAGAGGUUCUGAUCUGAAACAGCUGGCCCAUCUUUGCUCUGACGCUGACUGCCUUCCCGUGGCCCAGUCUGCCUUGAGUUGAGCAGAAAGGAAUAAAGCAGAACAGAACUUG